AUGGAUCUACGUGAUGACGUGCAACUACACGAAUCUGAUCAUCGCAGCUCAACGUAUGGACGUGCCUACGACAACCGCAAAACGUGGCGAACGACACAUUUGGAGCAGUUUAGUGAUGGCACAGCACUCGUCAACAAGGAGAUGCUCCCAGCGCACAACAACUCGACAGAUACGACGACAUGGGCAGCUAUCACUCUUUUCCUUAAGAGCAAGUGGGUUAGGGUGAACCGCACAGUUGUGUCUCGAAUUAAGGACUGCUCGAGGACAAUCUUCACGGCGAUCUAUUGGAAAACUAUCAGAGGCUAG